UCACGUCACCUCACCAAGCUGUAUGUCAACUUACGCCCAGCCUGAACAGCGACAUUAGUCGAGAUUGUCACAACUUAGAAAUAUCACUAUUAUACUAUAAUAAUGAAGGCUUUGAUUACAACAGAUAAUGUGCUCGUCAUACUCAACGAAUCUAUGGGUGUCGUGUAUUCAAUCACUUCAUAACUCACCUGCAUCUUGAUAAAAUAUCCAAACUUCAAGUGUUUUGUUCAGUGUGUUAUUGCCUGAAAUUCGUUCGCAGAUAUACACAAUAUUACACCAGACACGAUUUCACCGCACAGAUACACGCAUUCAGAUAUUUUCAUUUACUUCAAUCCACCAGCUUGGAGGGAAAAUGGGGACCCUAUUCUCUGUCGAUUUCAUCUAGUAGUGCAAUCAACUAAGCAAAGGAGAUGAAUAUGGAAGUUGGAGCAACUCAAACAACACUCUCCGUGCUCAAUAACGAUUGUCUUCAACAUUUACUAUCAUUUCUAUCUCUGAUUGAUAAGCUCAUCGUCGCCGGCUGUUUGGACAAUGACAGAGUUCUUGAAGUAGUAUCCAAAAAAGAUACAUUUCAAAUGAUAGAUUGUAUAGAACGUUUAUCAGUGGAUGAAACCGAGCAGAUACUAGGACGUGUUGGAUACCAAAUCAAACAUAUUUGCUUAUAUGAAACUAUCCAUAGUGAAACGAAAGACUAUUACAAAUUAAUAGCACCUCAUUGCCGCUAUUUGGAGGCUAUUGAGUUGCAUUAUCCAAAAUCUAAACGUGAACUUAAGAUAAUUAAGAAGAUACUGUCUGCCAACAAUUCUCUGGAGUCGAUUUGGAUAAUGCGUAAACAUAGCGAAUUUCGGGAUGAACUUCUUUCCAUAAUUGGAAAUAUGCAAACGAUAAAGUACUUAUACUUAUCAGAUUUGAAAGAUACCAGUGGAGAACAGAUAACUCAUAUGUCUAACUUAGUCGAGUUAGAUAUUAGUUGCUGUAAAUUGUUUUCUGCAGAAAAUUUCAUCAAACUCAUGAAUGGGAAUAAUCUCAAGUUCCUGAAUAUAUCGUACUGCGACCUUCUGGAUGACGAUGCGAUCCAAACUUUAGCUCAUACACAACAUGAAUUGGAGCAUCUGAUCAUUAGCCCGACAUUACGGGCCCACAACUAUAAGCCAAUAGGACAAUUGAAAAAGCUAAAAGAACUCAUUUUAUACAACUUCAAAGGAUACAAACUUAUGGAAGCUAUCGAAGGAAUUAGAAAUCAUUCUAACAUUCAAGUACUGAAGAUAUUAAAUGAUUUUACCUAUUGUGGAGCGACGGACAUAUUCCUGAGUGAUAUUCUAUCUUUGAAGAAUCUGAAAGUCCUCUAUUUGCCGGAUGAUCAGGAUCUACAUGAUAGCAGUCUUCGAGCGAUUGCUUUGGCAAUACCGACUUUAGAAAAGUUGCGGAUCCGUAUCGAUGAUGAAGGCGAUGUUACCUAUGAUGGUCUCAUUGAAGUGAUUUGGAACUUAGAAUAUCUACAAGAAUUCCAGAUUUGGACUAAUUCUAUAAUAUUCGAUUCAGAUCUGCUUCAGCAAAUAGUAAACAUUAAACUGGAGGCAAACCCACAACUACUUAAAAUAUACUGGACUUCAUAUGACAUCGAAGCAGAUAUCUUAAAUUCACAACUCUAUCUCGAUAAUUUGGAUAUAUUGGAGGUGAUACCAGUCAAUAAUUGGGAAGAUAGUGAACAAUUUCUAUGUUGGGAGGAUGAGUUUCGAUAGCAGCUUUUUGGAAAUGCUUGAAAAGGAGUAGAAUGCACUGAAUCGGUACAAUAGACUCACUUCUAUCAUCAUCAUCAACGGCGCAGCAACCGGUAUCCGGUCUAGGCCUGCCUUAAUAAGGAACUCCAGAUAUCCCGGUUUUGCGCAGAGGUCAACCAGCUCGACUCACUUCUAUGGUGCAAUCUAACAAAAGUCUCAAAAACUGUUUUUGAAAGAAAUUGUGGGUUUGAAAUUAUCAGCAUAAAUUACGAAAAGAACUAGGUUCUGUUCCUUAUUCUGUAAUUACGUUACGGAGUGUGACGUUCUCGAGGUGCCCGAGUAAGUGCAGGGUGCGGCAGCAUAACUUCCUUUUUUCAAAACUCAAUAAAAAAU